GCCUGAUGGAACCGGCUCCCGCCUCGCCCCGGCGGCACUUCCGCGGUGUGGUGGGCGGCGGCCCCGCUCGCCUGCGCGCUCAGUAAGGGCGCAGCCCUGGCGCUGAGAUACCAGGCGGCGGGCGGCUGGCCGACAGGAUAAGCAAGGCCCUCCCGGAGAGUGAGGCCCCGGCAUCUUCCGGGACCCUUCUGGGUCCAGGUGGAGGAGCCUCGCUGGACCUGGGAACCGGCCGCCCCUGUCGGCCAGGCCGCUGUCUGGGCUGUCCGGAGCGGCGCUGCCUGCUGCUGUGGCGUCAGUUGGGUUUCCCCGAUUUAAAAUAAUGGAAUGUUUUCGAAACCCCGUGGAGUGAGGAGGUCGACGCAGCUGUAUUGUUGUGUCCCGCGAAAAUGUUGAGGCGCUUGGCACCUGGCAAAGGCGGGGCUGCAUAUAUUUGCUCCAUUACCUGUAUCAGGUGUGCCCCUCGCUGGGGCCGGUCCCCGCCCUGGGAGGCGGAACCGAGAGGCGGCCGCCCUUCCUCUUCCUGGGCAGGUGUGCGGACCUCGAGGGGCGCGGAGCCGAGGAGCUCGCGGGCACAAUGAACAACCCUAUACCUUCCAAUCUGAAAUCAGAAGCAAAGAAGGCUGCUAGAAUCCUAAGAGAAUUCACGGAAAUAACUUCUGGAAAUGGACCUGAUAAGAUUAUUCCUGCCCAUGUGAUUGCCAAGGCCAAAGGUCUUGCCAUUCUCUCCGUGAUCAAAGCUGGGUUCCUGGUGACUGCCAGAGGGGGCAGUGGGAUCGUCCUGGCCCGCCUUCCAGAUGGAACGUGGUCUGCACCUUCAGCCAUUGGGAUAGCUGGGCUUGGCGGGGGAUUUGAAAUAGGAAUCGAGGUAUCGGAUCUGGUGAUAAUUCUGAACUAUGACAGAGCUGUUGAAGCUUUUGCAAAAGGCGGGAAUCUGACACUUGGAGGGAACUGUACUGUGGCUGUUGGGCCAUUGGGAAGGAACCUGGAAGGAAAUGUGGCCCUGAGGAGCUCUGCAGCUGUCUUCACAUACUGCAAGUCCAGGGGACUCUUCGCAGGCAUCUCUCUAGAAGGGAGCUGUCUGAUUGAAAGGAAAGAAACAAACCGCAAAUUCUAUUGCCAGGACGUUCGAGCCUGUGACAUCUUAUUUGGAGACGUGCCACGGCCUGCACAAGCAGAAGAUCUUUAUGAGAUUCUCGAUUCCUUCACUGAAAAGUACCAGAGUGAGGCACAGCGCAUCAACGCCAGGAGGGCAGCAAGGGAGCUGCGCAAGGCUAAAGAAUUGCCUCCAAAACCGUCCUCAAGACCACAGGGGUCAUCUGCAGCAGCCCCGCUAAGCUCCAACUCUCAAAGUAACAGAAAUGAAUAUAAACUGUAUCCUGAGCUUUCCAGCUAUCAUGAGACAGUUGAUGGUUCAAAUCGGCCUGUAGAAGUGACAGCACUGUAUUCUUUUGAAGGGCAGCAGCCGGGAGACUUGAAUUUUCAAGCUGGAGACAAAAUUACAGUUAUAUCAAAAACCGAUUCACAUUUUGAUUGGUGGGAAGGAAAGCUUCAUGGCCAAACUGGCAUUUUUCCAGCCAACUAUGUAACCAUGAAUUAAAGUGUUGUUAUUUUCUCCUUUGACAAUUACAAUUACCAACACACACACGUAUAUUAUUUCUGUCUAGCAGGGUUUACUCUUCAUCUAAGCUUUGUUCAAUAUAGGUUUUAAAAUACUUCUUUCCUGAAAAAUUUUAAUCCAGUGUGCAAGUGAUUUCUCUCUAUAAAUAAAGAGCUGACCCGCGAGUCCUUGCACUGACUUGUGUGCACCACUGAGCAUUCAACAGC